AUCAGUGCCCUGCAGUGCCGUCCAACAGUGCCUCCCACCAGUGCUACCCACCAGUGCUACCCAUCAGUGCCCCCCAGCAGUGCUGCCAGUCAGUUCCGUCAGUCAGUGUCACCCAUCAGUGUAGCCCAUCAGUGCCGCCUAUCAGUGACCAUAAUUGCUGCAUAUCAGUUUAGUAUCAUCAGUGCCUCCUCAUCAAUGCCCACCAGUGGCGCCUCAUCAGUGCAACCUCAUCAGUGCAGCCUGUCAGUGCGCAUCAGUGCUGCCUAUCCAUGCCACCUCACCAGUGCCAAUCAGUGCUGCCUAUCAGUACUCAGCAGUGCUGUCUAUCAGUGCAGCCUCAUCAACACACAUAAG